AUGUCGGAUCGUUCGACACAAAUCCAUGUCCAUCCAACGACCCGUUACGAAGCUGUCACCACUCGUUACGAAGGCGGUCUUAACCCCCAAUACCGUUAUGAGGGCGGUGCUAAGAGCACCCUCUUCCCGGAGAGCGGUCCGUCCACCGCUCAGAUGAUUGCCAUCCUGGCCGGCGUUCCCAUCGGCGGUACACUUCUCAUGCUCGCUGGUUUCACUCUGAUGGGAACACUCCUGGGACUUGCAGUGACCGUCCCGCUCUUCAUCCUCUUCAGUCCUGUUCUGGUGCCGGCCACCAUGGUGAUUGGGCUGGCGGUGGCGGGGUUCUUGACGUCGGGAGCUUGUGCUUUGAUUGCACUGUCGUCAUUCUCGUGGGUGAUGAAUUACAUCAGGCAGACGCAGGGGACGAUACCGGAGCAGCUGGACUCGGCGAAGCGGCGCAUGGCGGACGUAGUGGGGCAGGUGGGCCAGAAGACUAAGGAAGUCGGGCAAGACAUACAAUCGAAGGCCCACGAGGUGAAGAGGUCAUGAAUACAAUGUGCCAUGGGGUUCCAGUUCGAGGGAUUAUAUGGGAAAUAAUAGUAAUAAUGCGUCUUUGGUGCGCUUUGAGUCUUUUUGUGAUCUUUUACGUCUCUUGUAAUCGUCCGGUUGUGUGCUUGUCGUCUCUAGGUUAAGUGCCAAGGCAGGGAUGGUUCAUAUCAGAGGGGAGGUUCUACUCUGUAGAUGCGUGUGUCCUGUAUUUUGUAUUUAUAUUCAAUGAGUCUCGCAUUAGUCUCUUG